GAGGGAGUGGGAGAGCGUGAGGCAGCGUGAGAGGGGGAGAGACCGGGACCGGGACCGAGACUGGGACCGGGAGAGGCUAGAGAGGGAGCGCGAGAGGGAGAGGAACCGGGAGAGGGAGCGGGAACGGGUGGAGAGGGAGAGGCUGGAGCGCGAGAGGGAGCGCGAGAGGGAGCGGGCCAGGGAGAGGGAGAGGGAACGCAUCGAGAGGGAGAAGAUAGAGCGAGAGAGGGAGCGAGAGAGGGAGAGGGAGAGGAUGGAGAACGAGAGGAUGGAGCGGGAGAUGCAGGCGGCGGGUUUGGACGUCUGCGGGAACAUUGUGGGCCGGGUGGUGGUGGAGAAGACCAGCGUUGGCGUGAACCACCACCCGCACAGAGAGAUGGCCGCCACCAGAGCCGACGGUGAAAACAAUCCAGUCGGUCACAACCCGCCGAACCACAACCCGCCCAAGAUUAUGGCAGUGUCAGGAAAACUGGAGCAGGCCAUGCAGAGCAGCUCCGGACUCGUUCGACCCUCCGCCUUCAAGCCGGUGGUUCCUAAGAGCUUCCACUCCAUGCAGAACCUGGUGGCCCAGGCAGGAGGGGCUGGGAGCGAGGGGAAAGCUGACGGCAGGGGUGAGGGCUUCGGUGAGGGCAGAGUAGGCAGGAGGGGAAGAGACGGAGGGGGAGGGGAGACGGGGGAGGUGCCAGAGGCCCUGCUCCUGGACCAGGACAGCCCGGUUAGGGUCAGCAGGAGUGAGGGAGGGGGAAACGGUACUGAGGUGGUUCAGGGAGGGAUGUCAGAUUCAGGGAGGAACUCCCUGACCAGUCUGCCCACCUACACAGGCUCGGGGUCUGGCUGCGGGCCUCCGGCAGUCUUGGGGCCGCUCAGUGCUUCCACCAGCCACAUUAACAGGCUGGGCAUGGCUGGGGCCGCUGCAGGCUUGGAAAAGAUGGAAAAGCCCGGCUACCAGAACGGCCUCAGCGCCUCAGACAGUGGCCGGUCCUCCUCGGGAAAAAGCUCCUCGUCCUAUCAGAGGCUGAGCCACCUGAGUGACGCUCCAGCACCUCUGCGACCCUCCCCUUCCUCUGAUGACAUCAUCCAGGACCUCGAGGACCGACUGUGGGAGAAAGAGCAAGAGGUGCAGCACAUGCGCAGGAACCUGGACCAAAGUGAAGCCGCAAUCAUUCAGGUGUUUGAGGAGAAGCAGCGAGUUUGGGAGCGACAGAUGGACGAGCUGAGGCAGAACUACGCUUCACGCCUGCAGCAG